GUUUUACUUCAUCGACUUGCAAGUUUCCAUCGAGUUUGGAGUUUCCCACCGAAUGAAAAUACAGGAAAGGAGGUGACCUGUCUGGCUUGGAGACCAGAUGGCAAACUCUUGGCCUUUGCUCUUGCUGACACCAAGAAGAUCGUUCUGUGUGAUGUAGAAAAGCCGGAGAGCUUGCACUCCUUCUCCGUGGAGGCUCCAGUCUCCUGUAUGCACUGGAUGGAAGUGACUGUAGAAAGCAGUGUUCUGACAUCCUUUUAUAAUGCUGAGGAUGAAUCAAAUCUUCUUCUACCUAAACUACCUACAUUGCCAAAAAAUUAUAGCAACACCUCAAAAAUAUUUAGUGAAGAAAAUUCGGAUGAAAUUAUUAAACUCUUGGGAGAUGUCAGGCUUAAUAUUCUUGUCCUUGGAGGAAGCUCUGGAUUUAUCGAGCUUUAUGCUUAUGGAAUGUUCAAAAUUGCUCGAGUCACAGGGAUCGCUGGCACUUGUCUCGCGCUGUGUCUGUCGAGUGACUUGAAGUCGUUAUCAGUGGUCACAGAGGUGUCUACCGGCGGCGCUGCCGAAGUUUCAUACUUUCAACUGGAAACCAACCUACUGUAUUCUUUCUUACCUGAAGUGACUCGGAUGGCUAGAAAGUUUACUCACAUUUCAGCUCUUUUACAGUAUAUAAAUUUGUCACUAACGUGUAUGUGUGAAGCAUGGGAAGAAAUACUCAUGCAGAUGGAUUCUCGUCUCACCAAAUUUGUGCAGGAAAAGAACACAACCACGUCAGUACAAGAUGAAUUCAUGCAUUUGCUGUUAUGGGGGAAAGCAAGUGCUGAACUUCAGACCCUCUUGAUGAACCAGCUCACAGUCAAGGGCUUGAAAAAGCUUGGCCAGUCAAUAGAGUCAUCAUAUUCCAGUAUACAAAAGUUGGUCAUAAGUCACUUACAGAGCGGCUCCGAGUCUUUGCUGUAUCAUUUAAGUGAACUGAAAGGAAUGGCCUCGUGGAAACAGAAAUAUGAACCUCUUGGGCUCGAUGCCUCAGGAAUUGAAGAUGCUAUUACUGCCGUGGGUUCCUUUAUCCUCAAGGCCAAUGAACUCCUCCAAGUUAUAGAUAGUAGUAUGAAAAACUUCAAAGCAUUUUUUCGGUGGCUUUAUGUGGCAAUGUUAAGAAUGACGGAAGACCACGUGCUUCCCGAGCUGAAUAAGAUGACUCAAAAAGACAUCACAUUUGUUGCAGAAUUUCUUACUGAACAUUUCAAUGAGGCUCCAGACCUUUAUAAUCGCAAAGGAAAAUACUUUAAUGUUGAAAAAGUUGGUCAGUACUUGAAAGACGAAGAUGAUGAUCUGGUGUCGCCCCCAAACACAGAAGGGAACCAGUGGUAUGACUUCCUUCAACAUAGCAGCCACCUGAAAGAAAGUCCUUUGCUAUUUCCAUAUUAUCCUCGAAAAUCCUUGCAUUUUGUGAAAAGGCGGAUGGAGAACAUUAUUGACCGAUGUUUGCAAAAGCCAGCGGAUGUAAUUGGAAAGUCGAUGAAUCAAGCAAUCUGUAUUCCAUUAUAUAGAGACAAUAGAAGUGAGGACUCUACCCGUAGAUUGUUCAAAUUUCCAUUUCUCUGGAAUAAUAAAACUUCGAGUCUGCAUUAUCUUCUUUUUACUAUUUUAGAAGAUUCACUUUAUAAAAUGUGUAUCUUAAGGAGACAUACUGAUAUUUCCCAAUCUGUGAGUAAUGGGCUAAUUGCUGUUAAAUUUGGGAGCUUCACAUACGCUACAACUGAAAAAGUCAGGAGGAGGACUCGUUUCAAUUCUAGCACCUACAGUUGUUUAGACGCACAGUUUUAUGAUGAUGAGACGGUCACGGUAGUCCUGAAGGACACGCUAGGACGCGAAGGAAGGGACAGACUGUUGGUUCAGUUGCCGUUGUCUUUAGUGUAUAACAGUGAAGAUUCUGCAGAGUUUCAGUUCACUGGGACUUACUCCGCAAGGCUAGAUGAGCAACGCAGCGCUAUUCCCACACGGACCUUGCAUUUCGAGAAGCACUGGAGAUUGCUGGAAAGCAUGAAAGCGCAGUACGUCGCGGGGAAUGGUUUUCGGAAAGUGUCUUGUGUGUUAAGCUCGAAUCUCCGUCACGUGCGGGUAUUUGAAAUGGACAUCGAUGAUGAGUGGGAGCUGGAUGAGUCUUCUGAUGACGAGGAGGAGGCCGGCAGCAAGCCUGUGAAAAUCAAGGAGGAGGUGCUGUCCGAGUCGGAGGUGGAGAGCCAGCCUGCUGGUGCCACUGCGUCAGCCCCGGAGGUAGUCAUCAAAGUGGAAAAACUGGACCCUGAGCUGGACUCCUGAGCAAGCUGUCCAGGACUCAUGCAUUGUGAUGGCCGAAAGAUGUCAGACAUGGGCUAAGGUGUCUUGGACCACUCUUCGUGUUCUUUGUGCAACAAAGAAAUAAACAGUCAAUUUUA